GCCGCAGGGAGUGGGAAGGUUGUUACUUGCAAUCUGCGAUAUCCGCCCCGCGACCCGGCUUUGGGCCAAGUGGUGAGCGGAUUAGGGCAGUUUUGAUCUCGCGACCUUGCUGGACCCGGAGUCCUCGCCACAUUUCUCGCAGCGGGAGCUGAAAGGCGAACGCGGGCCCAAGACCAGGAAAAAGAAAGUUUACCACGAUCGGAGCCAUGGCCAACAAGGAUCCUGAGUCUGAGCACCCAUCUGUGACUCUGUUCCGCCAGUACCUGCGCAUCCGCACUGUCCACCCUAAUCCCGACUAUGGCACUGCUGUGGCCUUUUUUGAGGAGAGAGCCCACCAGCUAGGCCUGAGCUGUCAGAAAGUGGAGGUGACACCUGGCUAUGUGAUCCCUGUGCUGACUUGGCCAGGCACCAACCCUACACUCUCCUCCAUCUUGCUCAACUCCCAUAUGGAUGUGGUACCUGUCUUCAAGGAACAUUGGAGUCAUGACCCCUUUGAGGCCUUCAAGGAUUCUGAGGGCUACAUCUAUGCCAGGGGCACCCAAGACAUGAAGAGUGUCAGCAUCCAGUACCUGGAAGCUGUGAGAAGGCUGAAGGUUGAGGGCCACCGUUUUCCUAGAACCAUCCACAUGACCUUUGUACCUGAUGAGGAAAUCGGAGGUCACAAAGGCAUGGAGCUGCUCGUACAGCGGCCUGAGUUCCAGGCCCUGAGGGUGGGAUUUGCCCUGGAUGAGGGCCUGGCUAACCCCACUGAUGCCUUCACUGUCUUUUAUAGUGAGCGGAGCCUCUGGUGGGUGCGGUUUACCAGCUCUGGGAGGCCAGGCCAUGGGUCACGCUUCAUUGAGGACACAGCAGCAGAGAAGCUGCACAAAGUUGUGAGCUCCAUCUUGGCAUUCCGGGAGAAGGAAAGGCAGAGGCUGAAGUCAAACCCUCAUCUGAAGGAGGGGGCCGUAACCUGUGUGAACCUGACUAAGCUAGAGGGUGGUGUGGCUUAUAACGUGGUACCCGCCACUAUGAGCGCCAGCUUUGACUUCCGCUUGGCACCGGAUGUGGACCUGCAGGCUUUCGAGAAGCAGCUGCAGAGCUGGUGCCAGGCAGCUGGCGAGGGUGUCACCUUCGAGUUUGCUCAGAGGUGGAUGAAGCCCCGAGUGACACCUAUUGAUGAUGCAAACCCCUGGUGGGCGGCUUUUAACCGGGUCUGCAAGGACAUGAACCUCACUCUAGAGCCGGAGAUUUUCCCUGCUGCCACUGAUAGCCGCUAUCUCCGUGCGGUGGGGAUCCCAGCUCUGGGCUUCUCACCCAUGAACCGCACACCUGUGCUGCUGCAUGACCAUGAUGAGCGGUUGCAUGAGACCGUGUUCCUUCGUGGGAUUGACAUAUACACACGCUUGCUAUCUGUUCUGGCCAGUGUGCCUGCCCUGCCCAAUGAAAACUGAGUCCCAUACCCUCCAGGCUGCCCCAGAGCUUUCAUCCCAACCAGUGCCAAGGACCUCCUCUUCUCCUGACCAGUAAUGUAGCCUGUGUGGACAAAGGCAGCCCCUGAAUACUAACACUGCACACAUUCAUGGAGAAGGGAGUCUUAUUACUCUGGGGACAUGCUGUUACCAACCCAAUUUCACAGAUGAGGAAACAGCUUGGCUCUGUGCCCUCAUGACAUAACACACUGUCCCAGCCACAUCUGCCUAGCAACAAGGGGCCAUAGUUCAAUGGCUACCAUAUUCUGACUGUGAGGUCAGGGAUACUGUUCCCAUCAAAAGGGCAUAAGUGUAAUGCUAGUAACUCAGGAGGCUAGCUAGUAAGGUAGGAGGAUCUCAAGUUUGAGGCCAGGCUUAGCAAGACCAUUUCAAAAACAAACAAACAAACAAACAAAGCCUGGGGAUAUAGUUAUGACAUAGAACACCCCUGGUUCAAUCUUCAAUACCAUAAAGGAGCAUACCAAGAUUAGCAUCUCAGGGAACUACACCUGGCUUUCUGGGGAUAUACUCAGGAUCCUGGGACAAGAAUGGGACCAGAUGGGCCACUGCCAGAAGUGGGUAGGCAGAGACAGCUUGCAAGGUAUGAGCACCCUUUUUUUGUUGUUGUUGUUCUGUUUUGGUCAAAACCCACUGACUCUUAUGUUGGGAGUAGGGCCCUGAUAGAUCCAGCAGACUGGCCAGUGAUCAUGAAUCAGUGUGUGCAGAGGGGCCCAGGAGUUGAGUUUCAAUCUGUCAGCCCUUGUCAGGAUCCCAUUUGAUAUAACUAAAGCCAUCUUGAUUAUAACCAUUUGCCUGCCUGGUAACCCUGCUGUAUACUCCAAAACCUAUAGGAUAUUAUCAAGCCAUUAAGGUAGUCAGCUAGCUUAACUGACAUUUGACAUAUUAGUUUUUGCUGCUUUUUCUCCUCCUUCUUUUUGAGAAAACCCAGGCAGAUCCCAGUUGGCUGUGGGUGUGGGCUACCUUUAUUUAGUUUGACAUAUAAACCCCUUCCUCCUGCCUCAGGGUGCAGGGAUCCUCCUGUUGCUGCCCAAGACCUGUUUCUUUCCUUUACCCUAAUAAAUUGCAUUUUAUGCAAA